CCGUUUGAGGCUGAAAGGGAAGAAAUCCACACGCGGGCUAAGAAAUUGACAUGUUGAAGGGAGCGUGGAAAGACCGCGGUGGAGGCAGCGGUCCUCACGCCGGCUCCUUGACACGUUCGCUGCCGCUCUCCUGCUAAUUCUCGCCUGCUAGGAUGAGCAACGACUUGUGAUCGCUGACCCCAAGCGCCAGGAGUUGUUGCGGAGUUUGAAGCCGGCGGUGUCGCGGUUGGAAAUGUCGGUGCUGCUGUCGUUCACCAUCCGACCUGUUUCCAAUUAGUAUCGAGCUACCCGGGGCCGGGGGUCGAAGCCGCCGAGAUGCAACGCCUGGUCUUAACGGGGCAAAUACAUUUCAUUUCACAAUUUUAAAGAUCGUCGUCCCGCAAGCACGGGAAACUUGGGAGAGGAAACCAGCGUUUCCUAUCAGAUAUUUUUCUUUAAAGGCUCUGAUUUCGCGCAUCUGUCCAAGUGCCUUGUAUUGUGAUGGGCUUCGGAUCAUUUUGAAUUAACGAUGUAACAAAGUUAUUGAUGGGGUUAAAGAAGAGGAGAUUUAAGGAAACAGAUUCCAGUUGAAUCGUGGGCCUGAGUGAGUUGGUGAAGAUUUCAUGGGUUGGAUCUGCAAGUGUCAGUGAAAGAUACACGGUCGUUUUUUUGGGGGGGGACUAGAAAUUUAAAUUAUUCUCUUUGGCUGUUUAAAAAUAAUAAUUUAUACCAUCAGUAUUUAUGUUGCAUCCACGCCAAUCGACUUCUCGAACUUGUACAGAGGAGAUCAGAAGAUCAUCUAUCUGCCCGUGUGCGGGAGAGAUCUGGGGCUUCAGUGGUCUGGAACAUCGGAGGUGAAUAAAAUGACUGAUGAGAUGAUGUGGUGAAAGCUGGCGGAGAUGGUUCCACGCUGUCAGCUCCCAGCACCAAGCGGCUUGUAGCCGGUUGCUGCUCGGGGCUUCUGAAUUUCUCAACCCUCCCCACCCCACCCCAACCCCAACCCAACAAAAAUGCAGCUCCUCAGAGAUCACCGGCAUCUGGCUUAGUGGAGGAUGUAACAGGCAAGAGGUCUUGCCUCUUCCCCAACCCCACUCCCUCCUCACCCCUCCUUCCCCCCAGACCAAUGCUUCAAGAUGGACGAGUCUUCGUUGCUAGACUUGCUGGAGUGCUCGGUGUGCUUGGAGCGGCUGGACACCACGGCCAAGGUACUGCCCUGCCAGCACACCUUCUGCAAGCGUUGCCUGGAGAAAAUCGUCAGCUCCAGGAACGAGCUGCGGUGUCCCGAGUGCAGGAUCCUGGUGGACUGCGGCGUGGACGAGCUGCCGGCCAACAUACUGCUGGUGAGGUUACUGGAUGGGAUUAAACAGAGACCGAGAAAUGGACGGUCAGCCCCGACCUCUGGCCCGGGCAGUGCAGCUUGCCCCGUUUCAACUUCCUUGGGGACAACCCAAAAAGACCACUCCGCCGCGACUAAUCGCAGUUCCCCGGGAAAGAUUGUUCCACAGUUACCAUGUGCAAAGGCACUCUACAACUAUGAGGGCAAGGAACCUGGGGAUCUCAGGUUCUGCAAAGGUGACCUCAUCAUUCUGCGACGGAAGGUGGAUGAGAACUGGUACCACGGCGAGCUGAAUGGUACCCAUGGCUUCUUCCCAGCGAGUUACAUUCAGUGCAUCAAGCCACUUCCACAGCCACCUCCUCAGGGCAAAGCACUUUAUGACUUUGAAGUAAAAGAUAAAGACCAAGAUAAAGACUGUUUGACUUUCUCAAAGGAUGACAUUUUGACUGUCAUAAGGAGAGUGGAUGACAACUGGGCUGAAGGAAUGCUGGGGGAUAAGAUAGGAAUAUUUCCGCUUUUGUACGUUGAGCUAAAUUCUACCGCAAAGCAACUGAUUGAGAUGGAUAAAAAGUGUCUGCCAGUUACACAGAACAGUAAUGUGCCACUGUCAGCCGCUAUCAUUGCAGGUGCCAGCCCGUCCCCCGGCUCUCCCAUAAACAGCGGUGGGGCAGCCUGCGCAGUUCACAGACGGCUCGACGGCAAGAAAAACGCCAAGAAACGGCACUCCUUCACUUCGUUCAGCAUGUCACACAAGUCUUCCCAAGCCGUCAGCAACAGGCACUCCAUGGAAAUCAGUGCGCCCGUUCUCAUCAGUUCCAGUGACCCCAGGGCUAUCGCCAAGAUUGGAGAGGUCCCUCCUCUGUCAUCUAGUGCGCCUACCCAGGCUUCAUCUCUUACUGCCAAUGCAAUUGGUGGUGCAGUGGGUCCGAGAUUGGGGGCUGCCAUUGGGGAACAAGGAACAGCACCAAAGACCCAAUUACCGCUCAAUAUAUACAUGGCCCUAUACGCCUACAAGCCACAGAAGGUCGAUGAAUUGGAGCUGCGGAAAGGAGAGAUGUACCGAGUUAUUGAGAAAUGCCAGGACGGAUGGUUCAAAGGCACUUCACUGAGGACAGGAAUGUCUGGUGUUUUUCCUGGGAACUACGUAACUCCUGUGUCCAGGGCUCCCUUUGGAGGAACUCAGCCAAGAAAUGCAGUAACGGUAGGCGCCACCCAAACCAUGAAAGGAAGCCCUUCAGCAGGCCACCCAGCAGUAACCUGUCUGAUGAACAAUGGAGUGAGGCCCAUUCCUCCCAUUGCAAGUCCUCCUGUUCAGCCCCAGCUCCAUACAUCCAGUCCACAGCUCAACAACUGCCUACGAUAUUCAGGACAACAAACUGUCAACCAAGCCCGCAGUGCAAUGCAGAUGGUCCACCCUGCUGUUCAAGUGCUUGAUCGUCCAACUGCUACUGUGCCUCCACUGAGAACACAAAGUCCUCCCACCCGAAUCCCCGCCACUGUGGUGAGACCGCAGCCUGUGACCUCCCCACAACACACUCACCAAACCUCCGGAUCUCCUAAUAAUAGACCAGCCAUUUCACUCACCUCUGCAGCUGUUGCAAUCACUCCACCAAAUGUUAACGCAGCCAACCUGAAUGGAGAUAUAAUGUGUGGACCAGCAUGUUCCUCGAUCACCUCCAGCCCAUCAAACUCUGCACCAGCAGUACCCAAACUGGAAGAGCGGAAAAUUGAAAGGAAAGAGAAGAAAAGUGGACUCUUAAAACUUCUGUCAGGAGCAUCAGGAAAGAAGAAGCCCCGCUCCCCUCCAUCUGUGUCUCCAACUCACGAUCCCCAGCAGGGGGCAGCAGAGAACACCGUGCAGGGAGCGAUGGGUCCUGGGGUUUCUCCAGUCUCGUGCCACGGCAGAGCUGGAUCUUGCCCUUUAGAAAGUGAAAUGCAAGGAGCUAUGGGAAUGGAGCCAUUGCACAGGAAAACGGGCUCUCUGGAUUCCAACUUUUCCAUUUCUCCUCCCGCAAGGCAGCUAUGCUCCUCCAUGGUUGCAAUCCGUCCAGAGCUCAAGCCACUUCCUUGUGAAAGAUAUCGUGUACUUGUUCCCUAUCCCCCACAGAGUGAAGCUGAAAUAGAACUAAAAGAAGGUGAUGUAGUAUUUGUUCACAAGAAACGGGAAGAUGGAUGGUUCAAAGGCACAUUACAGCGAAAUGGGAAAACUGGUUUAUUCCCAGGAAGUUUUGUGGAAAACUUUUAAUUAGACUUGCUUAUCCAGAGCUGCUGUUUUAUUAUUGAGACUGGUCGACUUUAAACAUAAGUAAAUGAACUAUGAAGCACAAAGUCACAGGAAUCAAGAAUUCACUGCCAUUGUCACUUCCAAAGAAAUUAAAAAUUCUGUCUAUAAUAA